GGGAGGAAGUGCCUCUGCCCACAGGCAUCCUUCCUCCGAGGAGGAAAAGGAAAACACCUCUCCCAAUUCGCUCGAGAAGUCCGCGGUCAGGGAACGAGGCAAAUGAUGAAGCCUCGGGUUCGGACUCUGAUGGAGGUAAAACCCUUCCUACUUCGCGAAUGUGGUCUCCCACUUUAUUAAAACACAGGCCCAAUAGACUAGUCUCGUGCCCACAGGAUAGAUAUCACUUCUAUAUAUGGAGUUGGGUAGAUGACUGUGUCCAUAGGUUUGAUAGUGGGCUCGGGAAAUAUGACACGAUGUAUACCACAGACGAGAUGUGGAAUGGGAUAGCUGUGCAGUAUGGGACCAAUGACUAUAGGGACCUUUCGAGGUUAUCGCCAACUUAUAGGGAAGGCCCUCCCCCCGCCUCUUCUGAAGACGGGGGAAUUUCAUGGUCCCCAAGCUCGAUCUCGGGGGAAAGUUCCAGCAACAUGGACUCCGACCUCGACGCCCUCAUCGACAAUGCGGGUGCCAAGAGGAGCAAGCGCCCCAGGGCAAGGGGACUGACAACCAGUCAGCCUGGGAAAAGCUCCAAGAGAUCCAGGAAAACGCCUCCUCCUCCCCCGCCGGCUUCGAGCUCUGCUGCUGCGUCGACUGGCCAGACUAACGUCCCCACGACGAUACCACCCUCGCAGGUCGUCGUCCCUGUGGUGGCGCCGGCCUCGCAGACUGAUAUCGCUGCCGUGGUUGAAUCCCAACCUCCUGUGGCGGGUCAAAUGCCUUCUACCCAGCUCGCCAAAAGACCUUCUGCUUCCCGAGCCCAGAAGCUAACUAUUUCCACCCAUAUGGAUUCGUAUGUGGUGGAUAAUGCUGCCGGUCCUCACGGGUCUACGCUGAUCUCGGAUGUAAUGUCCCGGAUUGGCCAGAGCUACGGCAAUUUUGAGGCUCCUCAGUGGCAGUGUCUAACUGGCACUCGGGACCGCACUGUCCUGUACGAGAAGAGUAUCGAGCACACUGCCGCGGCUCUUGCUUUCACUGCCCAGCUUAAUUACGAGCUGAACAACGAGGUCCAUACGAGCAGGACCCUCGCCCAAGAGGAGAGGGACCUCCACCUUAAAGCGAAUGACGACCUGAAGGCAGUGAAUACUAAGCUCGAGGCAGUGGUUAAGGAGCGUGAGGAAAUGGCCAAGGAGCUCGGAAAGCUGAAAAAUGAACUCGAGGAUCAUGUCUCAUGUGAACUAAACACUUUUAUCAAGGGUUUAAUGUAG